AUGGAGUUAACAUGUAAACAUACCGUUAUUCAAUUAAAUUCAGAUACAAUACACUACCUGAGAAAAUUGUAUAAUCUAGAUAAUCCAGAAAGAUUAGAAGCGUCAAUUGACAUUUUAGUGAAAUGGCUUCAGAAACAGGAUCAUUUUAUUAAGAAAGAUUUCUCUAAAGAAUAUCUGGAAAGGGCGAUUAUUUUUAGCAAAGGUUCCGUAGAGAGGGCAAAGUUGAAAUUGGACAAAACUUCGACGUUUAAAACGUUACUUCCUCGAUAUUUUCAGGCGUUCGAUGUGAAAAAGGCCACUAUUCUACAAAACAUACUUUGUGGAAUAGUACCAAAACUGACGAAGGACCACAACCGAAUCGUGGUUACAAAAAAUGUGGGUGAUAAUUUCUCGCGUAUUAUCGACUUUUAUAAAUACACUAUUAUGAUUUGCGAAUAUGUUAAUGCCUGUGAAUAUUGUGAUAGUUUUAUCGUUGUAUUUGAUGCCAGAGGAAGCAAUAUCAUGGACUAUAUAAAAUUCUUUAGCCCUGUUGAUAUGCAGCAAUGCAUUUCAAUACUGAUCGAGGGAUACAAAAUGAGAGUUAAAGGAUUUCACUUCCUCACUCCAUCGAAAUCAAUAGAUACUUUAAUUAGUAUUUUUAAGAGAGCCCUGAGUCCGAAGUUACGUCAGCGUAUACAAAUACACCGAGAUUUGGAGUCAUUGCACAAAUAUGUACCGAAAGAAAUUAUGCCCUCUGAUUUGGGAGGCCAAGAAAAAUCGAUAAAAGAAUUACACGACGAUUUAAUGAAUAUAAUGACUUCGGAUGAAUUCACGGCGUUUUUGAAUGACAUGAGGUUAGCGGCUACCGACGAGACCUGCAGGAGUGAUGAUAAAUUCAAUGACCAGUACAUGGGGAUGCCAGGGUCUUUCCGAAAGUUAAAUAUUGAUUAA